AUGUCGCUUGUUGGGUACAUUAGCGGUCACAGUAAAAGCAAAAGCGGUCACAGUGGAAAGAAAUGUUAUCCCUCCAUAUGUGUACCCAAUCCUUGCCAGAAUGCAGGUACUUGUGCAAUAGUAAACAAUCAGCAUGAGUGCACUUGUGCUACUGGAUACAACGGCACAUACUGUGAAACAGUCACAUGUGAAACCAAUCCUUGCCAGAAUGCAGCUGCCUGUGCUAUACAAAACAGUCAGCAUGAAUGCACUUGUGCCGUGGGAUAUGACGGCACAUACUGUGAAAAUGUCACAUGUGAAACCAAUCCUUGCCAGAGUGCAGGUACCUGUGCUAUACAAAAUAAUCAGCAUGAAUGCACUUGUGCCGCUGGAUACGUUGGCACUUACUGUGAAAAUGUCACAUGUGAAACCAAUCCUUGCCAGAAUGCAGGUACCUGUGCUAUACAAAACAAUCAGCAUGAAUGCACUUGUGCCGCGGGAUAUAACGGCACAUACUGUGGAAAUGAUAUUGAUGAAUGUGCAUUAAAUACCGACUGCUGUCAUGGUACGUCUAGCAUAUGCACCAACACAGUUGGGAGUUAUACUUGCAGCUGUAGCAGAGUGGACUGGGCACUAGGGACAGAUAACUGCGAAUGUGUCGACCUUUCGGAGACUGUUUUUCGUGUUCAGACCGGAAACGGCGAGAAUACCGUCAAUGCGUGGGUUAAUGGUGGAUCCGGAACAACAAGUGAUCAAAGUUGCAUAUCGACUGACCAGUUUUCAGGGUGCUCUAAACAUUACAGAAACCCUUCUGUCAACAACUGGAACACCUUGAAUGUCAAACAGGUUCGCUAUUCAUUGUAUAAAAACGAGACGGAAGUGGCCUACGUGUUGUUCGAUGGCGAAGGAAGCAGUAUGACCAACUGGUUUACACGCUCAAGGAUAAUUAUCAGCAGUUAUGAAGACAUAACUUAUGCAAGUGGCUGGAUCCUUUUUGGCAUUGAUCCUGGAUUUGAGGAAAGAAAUUUCAUCAUACAACACGAGGUCGGAAACUGCGAAUAUGCUGAUAUAACCCACUUCCUCACAAUAGACAGGAGUGGUUGCUGUUGUUAUUACGAUGGUUUUGGAAAUAAUCCGUAUAUCUGGUACAGUGUUGGGACAACAGCACACAGUACGGGAAACAGAUUUGACUUUGAAUUUGCUGACACGGCAAUGAUCAGCAUCAUACAACACUAAAAUGUAAACAGUCUACUUACGGAUUUAUCAAGAGUAUAUAAAAUAUGCAGAAUGCGAAAACUAUAUAUGCAAAUGACCUGUCUAUACGCACUGACAAAUGUCUGGAGUUAAAUAACCUCAUGAGUAACAACAUAAAAUGAUAAGAUUUCUUCAUGUUGUACUGAAAAAUAAAAUGCUAGCAUAU